AUGAGUCGCCCGAAAAACCGGUGGCCACCUCAUGGCCGAGGCGAUGGAGCUGACGAAAAGAACGGCUUCAAGCACCCGCAAUACGGACCCGGCGUCUCGUUUCCCAAAAAGGAAUUUGAUGACCGCAUCCUGCGGCGCCUCGACGCGUUCGCGAGAGGCGAUGACCAAGAAUGCGCAUUUGAGCCAAUGACAAGCUGCGAGAGGAAACGUCUGCACGAACUGGCCAAUCGAAAGGGCCUCGUAUCGGAAAGCCGCGGCCACGGCGCGAGCCGGUACACGACUGUCUCGAAGAAGCGCCACUCGACCAACAUGAAGACGCAAUCGACUGCCACCGAAUUGCAAGAAAUUCAGCUGGAUGAUGAGCAAAUUGCAGCCAUUGACGGCCUCGCGAAAACGAUGCCGAUUCAGGUCAAGGAAAUUGAGGCGCAUUUGGACACCAGCAAAUCGCUUCGUGGCGGCUAUCGCACCAGACGGGCCGCGCAGCAGCACCAUCCGUUGGUACCGAAGAAACCAACGCCACCUCCACACAUCAGCGCGUUUCGACAAGAACUGCCGGUUCAUCGUUUUCAAGACGACAUCCUGAAAGCGAUUGCCCACAAUGAGGUGACGUUGAUCACUGGCGGUACUGGUUGCGGCAAAACGACGCAAGUCCCACAGUUCAUCCUCGAGCAGUGCGAACGAGAAGGAAAGCCCGUCCGCAUCAUUUGCACGCAGCCACGACGUCUUCCCGCCAUUGCCGUCUCGCAGCGAGUGGCCCACGAAAGGGGCGAAAAAUUGCCCGAUACCGUCGGCUACCACAUCCGGCUCGAACAAAAGGUCACUGACAAGACGAUGUUGAUUCGUGCGGGAGCGACCCACAUCAUCUUGGACGAAGUGCACGAACGUGAGAAAAACACGGACUACCUUCUGAUUGCCCUCCGGGAAGCUCUGAAAAAGAAGUCAAAGAUAAAAGUAAUUCUUAUGUCGGCGACGAUGGAGGGGAAUAUCGAUUUGUUUAAAGAAUACUUCAAGUGCUUCCGAGUUGCGCAUAUCGACGUCCCUUCGAAGCUGUUCGACGUGAAGACGCUGUUUCUGGGGGACGUGAUCGCGAUGACGGGCUACUGCCCACCCCCGAGCACAUUUGGAAGCGCCGCGUCGAAUGUGUGGAACGAUCCGGGCUCGAUGCUGCGGACGACCAACAGCUGUUCCAACUUCCCGAUCGGCCAGUACGACCCGUAUCAAGGCACCAGUCACUAUGCCCACAAUGGCAACUUCAGUGAUAUGCUCACGCAUAAUCAGACGGCACCCGAUCUUCGCCACUACAACACCCCGUCACCCCAAGUGAACCUGAUCUCCAGUCAAAUUGCCGCAUUGGAACUGCCACACGUCCGAAAUGGACAGUCGUUCAGCGGACAAUACCAACAUCACUCGAUGCUCCACGAAGCCGACACGAUGGGACAGCCGGAAAUUGAGGAGUUGGCGAUGAGUGACGACGAAUCAGAGGCCAAAAAUACCAUAACCCCGCAGGACUCGUUCAGCGGCCAACCCCUGCAGGCGCCGUUGAAGCAUAAUUACGCGAGUGCGAACUGGAGCCAGCCGAAUGCCGGAAAUCAAUCGUGGACUCACACUCAGUCAUGCGCCACAAUGACUUCUCCUCCGGCCCUCGAUCAAAGACUGUAUCAUUGGCAGGACACGAACAUUUACCCGCAGCCACCGAGAUUCUACCUCGACCAGGGCAACUCUGGCUACCAAGGAACCUUCGAGGACCAAAUGCGGCACGAGACUGAGCAGAUGCGCCUUCGCCGUGAUCGACUGAUGACAGCUCUGUCGCGGCCGUAUCCUGUAUUUUGCGAAGAGGUGGUCAAGGAUCUGGAGAAGCACAAGAAGGCGGGCGAUCUUACUGAGGAGGAAAUGGUCAAUUUGUAUCUGCAAUGUGGUGGAAAUCAAUACUCGGAAAAUGUGGACCACGACAUUUGCGUUCGACUCGUCAUGUUCUUGAUGAACAGCCCCAUUGACGGUGCAAUUCUGAUUUUUCUGCCGGGUUUCGAUGACAUUAGCACGAUGCGAGCGAAACUGGAGGACAUGGCCGGAAAUCUUCGUCAAAAGCUCCACAUCUACUGCCUCCACUCGCAAAUGCAUUCCUUUGACCAGCAGCGCGUUUUCUCGCGCAUCCACGAUGGCGGACGGAAAGUGAUCCUUUCUACCAAUAUUUCUGAGGCAUCGUUGACGAUUGAUGACGUCGUCUUCGUCAUUGAUUGUGGAAAGGUAAAAGAGAAAACCUACGAGCACGACUCGCGCAUUUCUCAGCUGAAAGUCCAAUGGAUUGCCAGAAGCAAUGCCGAGCAGCGCAGUGGCCGUGCCGGUCGAUGCCGCAAUGGAUUCUGCUUCCGCCUGUACUCAUUGGCCGAAUACGACGCUUCCUCCCAUCACAAGCCGCCGAGCUGCAACGAAGUCGUCUUACAUGCAAAGAUGUUUGCCGGCGACCAAGUGAGCGUUCGGGAAUUCAUCCGCCAGGCGCCCGAACCACCGCGGGCCGAGUCUGUUGAGAGCAGCAUCAGCUUCUUGGAGCAACUGGGUGCCCUCUACGAUCAAGCGGCGAAUAAUGAUGAGAUCGAUCCUCGACCCGAGCGAUUGAGCUUCUACCAGAUGCAGCAGAACUUUCAAAAGCCCGGAUUCUACAACACGCUCGGUUUUUUGUCGAUGAAGUCUCGCGAGCCAAUGCUGACGCCACUGGGGAGGACUAUUGCGUUGUUGCCCCUGGAGCCACAACUGGCCAGGCUUCUGCUGUUUGGCGUGGCGUUGAAAUGUCUGGACCCGAUCAUCAGCCUCGUCUCUAUAUUGAGCCAUCGCGAUCCAUUCAUCAUCCCCACAUGGACGAUCGAGAAGGAUUCAGCAGGA